AUGAAGGCACACCACUACGGCUUCAAAAAAUCCAUGGAAAAUGACAAUUGCACCGACGUGGACCAACUGACUCGCUACUAUCUACCGAUCGCCUACGCCGCCAUCUUCAUUGUGGGCCUGGUGGGCAACGUGACCUCCAUCGCCAUUCACGUGACGAAGCUGCGCCCCUGGCGGAGCAGCAGCAUCAUCAUGGUCAACCUGGCGCUGACCGACCUCCUCUACGUCCUCAGCAUGCCCUUCCUGGUCCACUUCUACAGCACCGGGGACUGGGUGCUCGGCGACUUCAUGUGCCGCUUUGUGCGCUUCGGCUUCCACUUGAACCUGUACGGGAGCGUCCUGUUCCUCACGUGCCUCGCGCUCUUCCGCUACGUUAUAGUGGUCAAGCCGCUGAUGGUGGCGCAGGUGCAGCGCAAGAUUUGGGGCCUCGCCGCAUGCACAGCCGUCUGGUUCCUAGCCGCCGCCGAAAUCGUGCCCAUGUUUUGGAUGAUAUCCCUGCAGCCCCGCGGCAACGAGACCCACUGCUUGGACUUCGCGAGCACCGAGCCUGUGGACGCCGUGCGCCUGUACAGCUGGCUGCUCACGGCGUUCGGGUUCUUCCUCCCCCUGGUGGUGGUGUUCCUGUGCUACAUCGGCAUCGUGAGAGAGUUGGCAAAAGGGCCCUAUACAAGCAGCUCGCCCCGGGCACGGGCCCGCUGCAUGACCGUGCUGAUCCUGGUGGUGUUCGUGGUGUGCUUCCUCCCGUACCACAUAUUGCGCGUGUGGCGGAUCGAAACUCGCCACAUGGCGGGGGACAGCGCCUGCGCGGUGCAUGCGGCGUACAUCGUCUCCCGCCCUCUGGCGGGACUCAACACGGUUUUUAACCUGGUGUUGUACACUCUCUCAGGUGAUCAGUUCAGAAAGGCCUUGCUCAGGACUUUUUACUGGGACUAUGGGCUCACCAAGGCCAAGGCGCUGAUCCAAGUGGCCGUCAUCAAAAGGGCGGGUGCCGACCCGCCUGCUGCCUGACCGACGGCGACUGGCCACUAUGUCAAUAAAUGGCUCGAGGUGCCUACUCAUCAUAUGUAAAUAGAAGUGACUCCCCGGUUGAAGUUGCGUGUCUAAAAUUGUCAUAGACAAAGAAGCAUUUACAUGACUAACAAUGUAAUGGAUGUUUUGUUCUAGAAGGUUUAGGUUUCCAUUUGUAGUCCCACAAGCCUGACGCCGGUGUGUAUUUCCAACUUGUUUUCAGUUUUCCUGGGUUUUUUGUUGUUAAAAUAAGUUUGUUUUAGAACAUUCGAACAUAUUACACCCAUUUUUUGGUUUUGAUGUUAAUUUACUGUAGUUUUUGAUAAUUUACUACAUCACAUGUCUUUAAUGGAUUGUAAAUGUGCUGAUAGUAUAAAGGAGAUAUAUUUUGUAAAGUGCCCUUUACCUUAGCUCAACCUUUUUUAGUCUCAUAUAAUGUAUCCUAUUGGACAACAAUUUAUGUUUCCCUUGAAUUUGUGAUCGAUAAUCCAAUGGAACUUGUUUUAUUUAUAAUGACAGAAAUAUG